AUGACCAUCAAUUCGGGCCCCGAAAAGAUAGAUUUCCCUGUUAAUAGGGAAGCCCCUGGUGGGAAGAAAACGAGGCAGUUGCCUGUGACGCUGUUGUCGGGGUUUUUGGGAAGUGGAAAGACCACUUUAUUGGAACACAUUCUGCAAUCGGACCAUGGGUUCAAGAUCGCGGUCAUCGUGAAUGAUAUGAGCAGUUUGAACAUCGACGCCACGCUCAUCAAGAACCACCACGUCUCCCAAACAAAAGAGAACCUCAUUCAGCUGCAGAACGGAUGUAUCUGCUGCACGCUGCGCGGGGAUCUCCUCUCGGAGCUGGCGCAGCUGACGCGCCAGGACGACGUACAGUACGUGGUCAUCGAGAGCACGGGCAUCAGCGAGCCUAUGCAAGUGGCCGAGACGUUCACGGCGGAGUUCAGUUCUGCAAUGCUUGAAGCCGACGUGGCGGAUGAAGAGGGUCGAAAGGUCUUGAAUCAAAUAGUUGAACUGGGCGGUCUCCACACGCUCGCCAAGCUCGACACCACAGUCACGGUGAUCGAUGCAUUCAACCUUCUCACAAACUUCGACACAGCCGAGUUCCUCUCCGACCGAUACGGCGGGGACAUCAUACCGGAAGACGAGCGCACGAUCUCCGACCUGAUGGUCGACCAGAUCGAGUUCGCCGACGUGAUCAUCACUAACAAGGUCGAGACGGUGGACCGAAAGACGCGGGAGCGUAUCCGAUCCUUGCUGCGGGUGCUCAAUCCCGCCGCCAAGGUGCUGGAGACGAAUUACUCGCGCGUCGACGUGAAAGAGAUCCUGGACACCGGGCGGUUUGAUUACCUCAAGGCGGCCUCGGGAGCGGGCUGGUUGCGCAGUCUGCACGAGAUGACGAGAAGGGAGACGGCUAAUGGCGAGAGGAUGGCGCCGGUGCCGGAGACUGUCGAAUAUGGGAUCAACAAUUUCGUAUACACGGCGCGACGACCGUUCCAUCCGCGUCGACUCUUCUCCCUCCUGCAUGACAAGUUCAUCCUCUUGCAGAGCUCCGGGGAAGAAGAUGAAGAUAAAGAAGAGGACGAGGACGAAAACGAAGCGGAGAGUGACGCCUCAUCAGAAGCCUCGGACGAUGAAAUGGACGACUUCAACCAACAAGAACCCCAACUGAUUCUGUCCAACAAACGGGCACACCCCGUCCUCGGGCCCAUACUGCGCUCCAAAGGCUUCUACUGGAUGGCCACGCGCCCCGAUCAGUUCGGCGAAUGGAGCCAGGCAGGUGGCAUGUUGACCGUCGGGUGCGGCGGGCCCUGGUUCGCAGAGGUAGCGGACGAAGAGUGGCCGGAGGACGAGGACGUGCGGAAAUCCAUAGAGGCGGACUUCCAAGGUCGAUGGGGAGAUCGGCGACAAGAGAUUGUGUUCAUCGGGGAAGGAAUCAAUACUGAGGCCAUUACCAAACUGUUGAACGACUGUUUGCUAGACGACGCAGACAUGAAGAAGUGGGAGAAGGUCAUGUCAAAUGGAAAACUGUCUCAUGGGGAGAGGCAGGAAAAGAUGAUGAAGAUUUGGGAGGAUGGAUGGGAGGGAUGGCCUGCGUUUGAGGACGAGGAAGACGAGGAGCCAGAACAGGAGAAAGUGACGGGGAAAGAGACGGCGCAGCGAGGCAAGCAUCGCAUCAGCGAGCAUUUGGGACAUGGAAACCACGGCCAUAACCAUAAUCAUCACGGGUCUUCGCACCCCAAGAUGAUCAAAGCAUAA